GUGGCCUUGGCCAAAGCAGAAGUAGCAGCGCCAGCCUUGGAGGGCGUGCGCUGCAGGGAGUGCCCGGAGCCGGGACGGCGGGCGUCUGCGCGCGGGACCCUGGAGCCGGGACCCGCAGCGGGGACACGGCCAGUCUCCUUGUUCCCUCACUUCGUCCUUCUCCCUGGAGUGGCCAACAAUGCCCACCAUGGUCAACGUGGACGCCCUCCCGGAAUAUGAGAAGAGUCAGAUCAAGAGAGCCCUGGAGCUGGGCACUGUGAUGACCGUCUUCAGCUUCCGCAAGUCCACCCCCGAGCGGAGGACUGUCCAGGUGAUCAUGGAGACGCGGCAGGUGGCCUGGAGUAAGACGGCGGACAAGAUCGAGGGCUUCUUGGAUAUCAUGGAAAUAAAGGAAAUCCGCCCAGGGAAGAACUCCAAGGAUUUUGAGCGUGCAAAAGCAGUCCGCCAGAAGGAAGACUGCUGUUUUACCAUCUUGUAUGGCAGCCAGUUUGUCCUCAGCACACUCAGCUUAGCAGCUGAUUCUAAGGAAGAUGCAGCAAAGUGGCUCUCGGGCUUGAAAAUCUUACACCAAGAAGUGAUGAGCGCGUCUACACCUACCAUCAUUGAGAGUUGGCUGAGAAAGCAGAUUUAUUCUGUGGAUCAAACCAGGAGAAACAGCAUCAGCCUCCGAGAGUUGAAGACUAUCUUGCCCAUGGUCAACUUCAAAGUGAGCAGUGCCAAGUUCCUCAAAGAUAAGUUUGUGGAAAUAGGCGCAUACAAAGAUGAACUCAGCUUUGAACAAUUCCAUCUCUUCUAUAAAAAACUUAUGUUUGAGCAGCAAAAAUCGAUUCUCGAUGAAUUCAAAAAGGAUUCCUCCGUGUUCAUUUUGGGCAACACUGACCGGCCUGACGCCUCUGCUGUUCACCUGCACGACUUCCAGCGGUUUCUCUUACAUGAGCAGCAGGAGCUUUGGGCUCAGGAUCUGAACAAAGUCCGUGAGCGGAUGACAAAGUUUAUUGAUGACACGAUGAGGGAAACUGCCGAGCCCUUCUUGUUUGUCGAUGAGUUCCUCACGUAUCUGUUUUCACGAGAGAACAGCAUUUGGGAUGAAAAGUAUGAUGUGGUGGACAUGCAGGAAAUGAACAAUCCCUUGUCUCAUUACUGGAUCUCCUCAUCACAUAACACGUACCUCACAGGUGACCAGCUGCGGAGUGAGUCAUCUCCGGAAGCGUAUAUCCGCUGUCUGCGCAUGGGCUGUCGCUGCAUUGAGUUGGACUGCUGGGAUGGGCCGGAUGGGAAGCCCAUCAUCUAUCACGGCUGGACGCGGACCACGAAGAUCAAGUUUGAUGACGUCGUGCAGGCCAUCAAAGAUCACGCCUUUGUCGCCUCAAGCUUCCCAGUGAUCCUGUCCAUCGAGGAGCACUGCUGCGUGGAGCAGCAGCGCUACAUGGCCAGAGUGUUCAAGGAGGUGUUCGGUGACUUGCUGCUGACGAAGCCCACGGAGGCCAGUGCUGACCAGCUGCCCUCACCCAGCCAGUUGCGGGAGAAGAUCAUCAUCAAGCAUAAGAAGCUGGGCCCCCGAGGCGACGUAGAUGUCAACAUGGAGGAUAAGAAAGACGAGCACAAGCAGCAGGGUGAACUGUACAUGUGGGAUUCCAUCGAUCAGAAAUGGACUCGGCACUACUGUGCCAUCGCGGAUGCCAAGCUGUCUUUCAGUGAUGACAUCGAACAGACUAUGGAAGAGGAACUGCCCCAGGAUACCCCUCCCACAGAGCUGCAUUUUGGAGAGAAGUGGUUCCACAAGAAGGUGGAGAAGAGGAUAAGUGCCGAGAAGCUGCUGCAGGAAUACUGCAAUGAAACAGGGGGCAAGGAUGGGACCUUCUUGGUGCGGGAGAGCGAGAGGUUCCCCAAUGACUACACUCUGUCCUUCUGGCGGUCCAACCGGGUUCAGCACUGCCGGAUCCGCUCCACCAUGGAUGGCGGGACCCUGAAGUACUACCUGACUGACAACCUCAUGUUCACCAGCAUCUAUGCCCUCAUCCAGCACUACCGUGAGACGCACCUGCGCUGUGCCGACUUCGAGCUCCGGCUCACUGACCCUGUGCCCAACCCCAACCCCCAUGAAUCAAAGCCGUGGUACUAUGAUGGGCUGAGCCGUGGAGAAGCGGAGGACAUGCUGAUGCGGGUUCCCCGAGAUGGAGCUUUUCUCAUCCGGAAGCGGGAAGGUAGCGACUCCUACGCCAUCACCUUCAGGGCCAGGGGCAAGGUGAAGCACUGUCGCAUCAACCGGGACGGCAGGCACUUCGUGCUGGGGACCUCUGCCUAUUUCGAGAGCCUGGUGGAGCUCGUCAGUUACUAUGAGAAGCAUGCGCUCUACCGAAAGAUGAGACUGCGCUACCCUGUGACCCCUGAGCUCCUGGAACGCUACAAUAUGGAAAGAGAUAUAAACUCCCUGUAUGACGUCAGCAGAAUGUAUGUGGAUCCCAGUGAAAUCAAUCCUUCUAUGCCUCAGAGAACCGUGAAAGCUCUGUAUGACUACAAAGCCAAGCAGAGUGAUGAGCUGAGCUUCUGCCGUGGUGCCCUCAUUCACAACGUCUCCAAGGAGCCCGGGGGCUGGUGGAAAGGAGACUAUGGAACCAGAAUCCAACAGUACUUCCCGUCGAAUUACGUCGAGGACACUUCCACAGUCGAUGUGGAGGAACUAGAGAAGCAGAUUAUUGAAGACAAUCCUUUAGGGUCUCUUUGCAGAGGAAUAUUAGAUCUCAACACCUAUAACGUUGUAAAAGCCCCACACGGGAAAAACCAGAAGUCAUUUGUCUUUAUCCUGGAGCCCAAGAAGCAGGGUGACCCUCCGGUGGAGUUUGCCACGGACAAGGUGGAAGAGCUCUUCGAGUGGUUUCAGAGCAUUCGGGAGAUCACCUGGAAGAUUGACACCAAGGAGAACAACAUGAGGUACUGGGAGAAGAACCAGUCAAUCGCCAUCGAGCUCUCGGACCUGGUCGUCUACUGCAAACCAACCAGCAAGACCAAGGACAAUUUAGAAAACCCCGACUUCCGAGAAAUCCGCUCUUUUGUGGAGACAAAGGCUGACAGCGUCGUCAGACAGAAACCCAUCGAGCUUCUGAAGUACAAUCAAAAGGGCCUGACCCGCGUUUACCCAAAGGGACAGAGGGUAGACUCCUCCAACUACGAUCCCUUCCGCCUCUGGCUCUGUGGCUCCCAAAUGGUGGCGCUCAAUUUCCAGACUGCAGAUAAAUACAUGCAGAUGAAUCACGCCUUGUUCUCACUCAAUGGGCGGACAGGCUACGUCCUACAGCCCGAGAGCAUGAGGAACGAGAAGUAUGACCCCAUGCCACCUGAGUGCCAGAGAAAGAUCCUCAUAACCUUGACUGUCAAGGUUCUCGGGGCUCGCCACCUCCCCAAGCCUGGACGAAGUAUUGCAUGUCCCUUUGUGGAGGUGGAAAUCUGUGGAGCCGAAUAUGACAACAACAAGUUUAAGACGACAGUUGUGAAUGACAAUGGCCUCAGCCCUGUUUGGGCUCCAACGCAGGAGAAGGUGACAUUUGAAAUUUAUGACCCGAACCUCGCAUUUCUGCGCUUUGUGGUAUACGAGGAAGAUAUGUUCAGCGACCCCAACUUUCUGGCUCAUGCUACCUACCCCAUUAAAGGCAUCAAAUCAGGAUUUAGAUCUGUUCCUCUGAAGAACGGGUACAGUGAAGACAUUGAGCUGGCUUCCCUCCUGGUGUUCUGUGAGAUGCGGCCAGUCCUGGAGAGUGAAGAGGAGCUGUAUUCCUCCUGUCGCCAGCUGCGGAGGCGGCAAGAAGAGCUGAACAACCAGCUCUUCCUGUAUGACACACACCAGAACCUGCGCAAUGCCAACCGGGAUGCACUGGUUAAAGAGUUCAACGUCAACGAGAACCAGCUCCAGCUGUACCAGGAGAAGUGCAACCGCAGGUUAAGAGAGAAGAGAGUCAGCAACAGCAAGUUUUACUCAUAGAAGCCAGGAUGCAUGUGUAAAACUGCUAUCAAGAUGACACUUGUGAAGAAGAUCCAUUCAGCAUGAGUAGGGGUGAUUUCCUAUUUUUUCAUAUUGGACAAUUUCUUAACUUAUAAUUCUCUAUAGAGGAUCCCAAAAUUACGCUCCUCGUUUUUGGUCUCUCGUGUUCCAAACCUCAUUGAAUAAAAAGUGAAAAUCUCGAACAGUUAAACUGUCUGUGCACAAUCUGCACACACACUGAGCAGGAUUCCUUUUCCAGCCUCUAAAGACCCAGGUAAUUUGACUUCCGUGGAAGAUGAGCCUGCAAUGUAAGGAACUAAUAAAUUAGCUCCCAAAAAGGAUUAACUAAAAGGCAAAUGGUUCCAAAUUAAGGCCAUCAGAUUUCACCAGGGUCCAGAGAGGAGCCCUGCGCCUGACUGCCACAUCUGCCUAGCUUUCCUGCCCCAGGCCAGCGGGCUCGGCCCAAUGCACUUUAACUACCAGCAGCUGGCUAGCUGACUAGACAGACCUCCUGCUCUAGUAACUGAGUUGCUGGAAUCUCUGUUCAUUAAGACAAUUUCUAGUUAACGGUAGAGACUGGCUUUGUGACUGGAGUUAUUGGGGGUAGGAGGUGGAUAUCUUGGAGACUUUUUGGUUUAAAAAGACUGUUGGAAACAGAGACCCACUGAAGGCUCAGCCAGCUUCUUACCCACUAAUGAGUUGGCUGCACAACUGCUCUGCCCACUAAUGAGCUGGCUGUACAACUGCUAGAGAAGUUCUGGCUCUGCAGCUACCACAGACAAGAGGUCGUUUAGUGAUUAAUUAAAUGAGGUGAUGUAAGUUAGACUUCAUUGGGGAGGGCGGGUAUUUCUCUGGAUUACCCAGUUUUCUGGAGCAGCAAAGCUUAAGCAUUAGAAAGCUACCAAAAAUCUCAGAUACAGCCUUCCCCAGUGGGACAAACCUACCUAGGACAAGAUAACAGUCCUCUGCCUCUUAAGAUACAAUUGAAAGAUUUAUACAGUGUGAUGAUUUAACAAGGCUUUUUAAAAAUGAGGACAGUGGUGAGGGGAGUGGUCAGUAGAGUCUCAACUUCAAGUGAAUUGAGAACCGACUUAGGGGAAAUAAGGUAUAACUGAAAAAUGACUGUGGUGGGGAGGGAAACACUAGCAGUAAGACUGGUGGCUUUACUUGGACAGAUCUGGGUCCUAGGAACCCGCAUAGCCGUCCUCUAAUUAUCCUGGGCUUAACACGUAUGCAUUGCUGAAGAGUACAUUAAAACCAACCAGGCUCUGUCUGCUCAAAACACCUUAUCCCUUCAUUCCACAAAAAUGUCUUGAGCACCACCAUACAUACGCCAAGCACGGUGCCAGGGUUUGAGGGUACACAAAACCCAAGUCCUAUAAAAUACCUAGCUGAGAUUGUGGUUUAAUCGUCAAAUGAUAAGCACAGUUAAUUCGGGUCAAGUGAAAUAGUCACAGGAACAUCCUGAAAGAUGACGGCAGCACUGAUGGAUCCAAACCGUGAUUGUAUGUGUCUUAAACUGCUUCUGUUCAUCGUUUCCCUAAGGAUAUUAUUUUGGUAUCAGUUAUUGCAUGGAAAAAUAAAGGGGGAAGGCUGAUUGGAUCAUUUGAGUUUGGGAAACUUAGGUUAUACAAAUUUAAGUAAUUCCUCUGUGAAACUUGGAUAGUCUAAGGUUCACAGUGAAGAGGGGUGUAGAAUAUCACAUGCCCCAAAUUUGAUCUCAGAACCCUUUUGCCAAGGAAUAUCGCAUGCCACUGGGGUACACUGGAACACAUUUGAGGACCUGCUGCUGUAUUAAGAAGGCAGCCAGGUAACAUAAUCUAAUAAUUCACAGUUGACCUUUGAACACCACGGGGGUGAGGGGUGCUCACCCCCUCACCCUGUGCAGUUGAAAAUCCACAUAUAACUUUUGACUCCUUCCAAAUGUAACUACUAAUAGCCUACUGUUGACCUGAAGCCUUACUGAUAACAUAGUCAAUUAACACAUAUUUUGUGUAUUAUAUGUAUUAUAUACUAAAUUCUUACAAUAAAGUAAGCUGGAGAAUAGAAAAUAUUAAGAAAGUCAUAAGGAAGAGAAAAUACAUUUAUGACAUUUAUUGAAAAAAAAUCCACGUAUCAGGGGAUCCAUGCAGCUGAAACCUGUGCGGUUCAAGGAUCAACUGUACAUGCUUUGUGACCUAGUUAAAAAAAAGUCUCAACUUAAGCCACCGAGGCUUAUGGUCUUUCAACUAGGCCAGCCUUACUUAAGCAGUCUACCAGAGCUUGGCAAGGAAUACACAGGCUCAAAUAGUUUUAGGGGAUCAAUUUUCAUAUCCUCACCUUCCUAUUGUACAUUUUCUUAAGACUCAUCUGCCUGAGAAAACGCCAUUUUCUCCCUUACAAAAGAAAACAUAUCUUUCCCCAUUUUCAGUUUUACUGUAGAGCAUGACUCAAGAGAUAAAAUUCAAAACAUAGAUAGAUGUUUACACAGUGAAUGCCUCUUAACCACAGGGUACAAGUCCUUUUGCAAGUCUGGUGGUUCCCUGUUCUUUGCUUUCAACAAAAUUGAAGGAACACCCCAAGUUUCUGAAGAUUUUAGCAUGUAACUCCGAAGGAGUUAGAAGAAUUCAGUUACCCUGCUAUCACAAAACUCCUUCUGUUCCCAUCUACUUACCUAUGUGAACAGGGGUUAUCAACACUUUCAUAUGGAAAAUUUAAAAGGAGAAUAGAGUUGAUGCUGUACUAUGGCCAUCCUAACAGAGAGAAUCUACAGGCAGAUGAAAUAAUUUGGGGGAAAAAACCUUCCUUAUAUCCCUAAGUAAUACAUUGCCAAUGAAAUCAUACUAUGUUUAACAAUUUAUUCAAAUUUGUACUAUAUUUAUCGAUCAAGCUCAAUCCAAAAGAAACAUUUAAAUAUAUAGAGCCGUAUGGUGAUAGGAUAUUAUAUAAUUGUGUUACAGCUCUCCCAUUAAGCCAUAAAAAGGCCAAAAAUAAUUAGGCUAAAAUUUUGAGGGGGGAGUAGAUUCAAAACACAAAUCCAAGGAGUAAAAGGAAAAAUGUGACGUUUCCUACUAUUAAAAAUUGCUUUCUUCAUUUGAUUUGUGAAAGGAUGAUGGUGCUUAUCAAAUAAGUAUUGAAUUUAGAGCCUCUUGGCUAAAUUUAAAAAGGAAUGUACCAGUUUUAUUUCAAGAUGCAGUAUCUACAAUGUGCCAGGACUUACAUCCUUUGUAACUAUGUCUGAUGAAAAAUUUUAGACAAAAAUAAAAAAUUCACUUAAGAGAUAUCUGAGCAUAAAAUUUUAAGUUGCUCAUCAAGGGUCACUCAAUGAUGAGUUGUGUUUGGAAGCAAGAAGGAUGGCUAAAUACUUUUUAACACUUAAAAGGAAUGUAAUAACUCUCAACUUGUAUGACAUUUAACUUUUUGGAGGCAACCCUAAAAGCCAUAUUCUAGUUACCAAAAAGUUAAUAAUUAGAUUAAGAAAUAUGCAGAAUUACAAAAUUGGCAUUUGAAAAACACACAAUGAUUUGUCUCAGGUUUUUAAUUUUCAAUAUAUUUUCAUCUUGAAGAGCCAGAUUCCACAGAGAUCCUGUCUCUCAGAAAUUUCUACAUUUCUUAUUUUCCAUUAGACUUUAAAAAGCUGCAUUUGUAAACUUGUGUUUCAUUAUUAAAGCUUAAUUUAUUUUUUAUAUAAAUAGUGUGUGCUUGUGUGUACAUAGAGAAAUAUGUGUAUGAGUCACAUAAAUGUUGGCUAAUAUUGUGAAAAUUAAAUGGCU